AUGUCAAGCGAUUUUGAUAGCGACGGUGCUAGCUCGGACUUUGCACCGAAACCAAAGGCAAAAGCUGCCCCGAAGAAAGCGGCGGCCGUCCCUAAAGCGAAGGCGGCGCCUAAGAAACUGACCCAGACGACCCUCAAGCCGAAAGCGACGUCGAAAGCUGCGGUGUCGAAGAAGGCUGCCCGUCCCGACCCUGAAGAUGAGUUGGACUCUCUAAUGGAGGAUGCGGGGGUGGAUAACCUAGACGCUCUCGAGAGUACCCCCCCAAACGCCUCCAAAAAGACCAAGACUGCGCCGAAGAAGGCUGUUACAAAGCCACUUUCCAGCGUAGAGAAUGAGUCCUUUACGACUGAGACUGCGGGGGCAGGGGAGUCGUCCGAUAAGUACCAAAAGCUCACCCAAUUGGAACAUAUCAUCAAACGUCCGGACACCUACAUCGGCUCUAUCGAACGAACCGAGAAACAAAUGUGGGUUUACAAUUCUACCACAGAGUUGAUGGAGUACCGAGAAGUCUCCUACGUUCCCGGCGUAUACAAGAUCUUCGACGAAAUUCUAGUCAAUGCAGCGGACAAUAAGCAAAACGAUAAGAACAUGAACGAGAUCAGAGUCACCCUGGACAAGGAAGCAGGCGAGAUCAGUGUUUGGAACAACGGCCGCGGUAUACCCGUGGAGAUCCAUGCGAAAGAGAAAAUUUACAUCCCCGAAUUGAUUUUCGGUCACCUAUUAACCUCAUCCAACUAUAACGAUAACCAAGCAAAGAUCACCGGUGGACGCAACGGUUAUGGAGCCAAGCUCUGUAACGUUUUCAGUACCGAGUUCACCAUCGAAACAGUCGAUUCGAGAACGAAAAAGAAGUUCAAGCUCACCUGGACCGAUAACAUGUCAAAGAUGGGCAAGGCGAAGAUUACAGACUGCAAGACCGACGAUUAUACCAAGGUCACUUUCAAGCCGGACUUUCAAAAAUUCGGAAUGGAUGGUAUGGAUAACGACUUCGAGGCAUUGGUUUAUCGACGAGUCUAUGAUAUGGCCGGUACUUGUGGGACCGCUGUGAAACUCAACGGCUCUAAAGUACCAGUCCGAUCGUUCAAAAAAUACAUGGAGAUGUACACCAAAGCGAUCAAGGCUGAACGAGGAGAAGAUCCCACCGCCGACAAGAAUGAUAUAAUCGUAGAAAGCCCUGACCCACGCUGGGAAAUCGGAUUUUCCGUCUCAGACGGUUCGUUCCAACAGGUCUCGUUCGUCAACUCCAUCGCCACAACCUCAGGUGGAACGCACGUCAACUAUAUCAGUGACCAAAUCUGCAACAAACUUGCCGAUGCAUUGAAGAAGAAGAACAAGACUGGAGCCACAUUGAAGGCGGCCCAGAUCAAAAACCACAUUUUCCUCUUUGUGAAUUGUCAAAUUGUCAAUCCCGCAUUUACCUCUCAAACCAAGGAGCAGCUGACCACCAAGGCGAGUCAGUUUGGCAGCAAAUGCGUUGUGUCCGAUGAAUUCAUGAAGAAGGUCAUGAAGACCCGGGUUAUGGAAGAUAUCCUCCAUUUUGCUGAAAGGAAGGCCGACCAGAUUUUGAAGAAGACGGACGGCAAUCGUCGCUCCCGCAUGAAUAAUCCAAAACUCACAGACGCAAACAAGGCUGGGACCAAGGACGGCCACCACUGCACACUGAUCCUAACCGAGGGUGACUCUGCAAAGGGUUUGGCAAUGGCAGGGCGAGCUGUUGUCGGACCUGAUCUCUUCGGGGUGUUCCCGCUUCGAGGAAAGCUACUCAACGUUCGAGAUGCUUCUGUUGACCAGAUCUCCAAGAAUGUGGAGAUUCAAAACAUCAAAAAUUUCAUUGGUCUGCAACAUAAAAAGGAGUACACUGAGACCAGAGGUCUCCGCUACGGCCAUUUGAUGAUCAUGACUGAUCAGGAUCAUGACGGCAGUCAUAUCAAAGGCUUGCUCAUCAAUUAUCUCCAAGUUGCGUUCCCAACCCUGCUGAAAAUUCCCGGCUUCCUCAUUGAAUUCAUCACUCCUAUCGUCAAAGUCUGGAAAGGUGACCCUAAAAAUCCAACUCAUACCAAAUCCUUCUUUACUCUGCCUGAAUAUGAAGAAUGGAAAGAAGUCCAUGGUCACGAUAAGAAAUGGGAAAAGAAGUACUACAAGGGUUUGGGUACCAGUUCGACUGAAGACGCUCAGAUCUACUUUCAGGACCUGGAUAAGCAUCUCAAGCAGUUCCACACCCUUCAGGAUAAGGAGGCUGAGCUGAUUGAACUCGCUUUCUCAAAGAAGAAAGCUGACGAACGAAAGGAGUGGCUUCGUCAAUUCAAACCUGGGACAUAUCUUGAUCAUUCAACAGAACAAAUCACAUAUACUGAUUUCAUUAACAAAGAGUUAAUUCUUUUCAGCAUGGCUGAUAACAUACGAUCUAUUCCCUCGGUCGUCGAUGGCUUGAAGCCUGGUCAACGAAAGGUCUUGUACACCAUGUUUAAGCGAAAUGUGAAAAAGGAUGUCAAAGUCGUUGAACUUGCUGGUUACGUUUCCGGUAUGACCGCCUACCAGCACGGUGAUAAUUCCCUCCAUACAACGAUCAUCGGGCUUGCCCAAACUUUUGUCGGCUCAAACAACAUCAACUGCUUGGAGCCUAGCGGUAACUUUGGAAGUCGUCUUCAGGGUGGCGCUGACAGUGCCAGCGCUCGUUACAUUUACACACGUCUUUCGCCCUUCGCGAGGCGUUUGUUCCACCCAUCUGACGAGCCGUUAUUGGUAAACAACGUUGAUGAUGGUAAAGUCAUUGAGCCAGAAACCUAUGUCCCAGUUGUUCCACUUAUUCUUAUAAAUGGUGCUGAUGGUAUUGGUACGGGCUGGAGUACAAAUAUCCCAAAUUACAACCCAGAAGAGGUGGUUGCCAACUUGAAGCGUCUGAUGGCUGGUGAAGAACUCGAACCAAUGAAGCCAUGGUUCCGUGGGUUUAAGGGGGAGGUCACCGGAUCUGGCGACCGUUAUAAGUUUAGCGGAACUAUCAAACAGACGGGGGACAGUGAGGUGGAAAUUACAGAACUGCCCAUUCGAACUUGGACGCAGGAUUUUAAGGACAAGCUCGAGGAUAUUAUUAAAGCUGACAAGGUUCCUUCAUUCAUCAAGGAUUAUAGGGACUACAACACCCACACCAAUGUGCACUUUGUCAUCCAGAUGGACGAGAAACAUAUGAAGAAGUCCAUUGAUGAAGGCUUGGAGGAAAAAUUCAAGCUUACUAAAACCAUCACGACAACAAACAUGGUUGCCUUUGACGCCGAGGGUCGCAUUACUCGUUAUGAGACCCCCGAGGAGAUUCUACGAGCUUUUUAUGCUGUUCGUAUCAAAUUAUAUGAGCAACGGAAGCAACAUAUGCUUUCGCAACUUCAACUCCAACUUGAUAAGCUGACCAACCAGGCCCGCUUCGUCCAAAUGAUUAUCGAUGGCAAACUAGUGAUCUCAAAGAAGAAGAAAGCCGUUCUUAUUCAGGAGCUGAAAGAGAAGGGGUUCAAGCCUUUCCCGAAAAUAGCAGAGGCCGUAAAGGCGGGUGAGAUCGCCGAGCUUGUUGAAGAGGAGGAGGAGGAAGAGGAGGAAGGGGCCGAUGCAACCCUGUCCCAAGAUGCCUACGACUACCUGUUAAGUGAGGACCUGUGGAAAAAGGACCUUGACGAUUUCAUUACUGAAUGGAGAUUUCAGCUUGAAGACGAAGAAAGUCGUCGCAAGAAAAUUGCUGGGCGAGGCAGACGGUUGUCAGCAAAGGUCAAAACCGGUAUUCGGGGAACAAUCAGUAAAAAGCGCAAAGCCGAUGCGGGUGAUGACAGUGACUUCGAUGCCCCCAAGGGGAAGAAGGCAACUGUCAAGCGUGUGCAGCCCAAGGGAGGCCUCCUUGACUACCUUAGUAAACCGAAGCCAAAGCCCAAAGAAAAGGUCUCUGUCGAUGGGGCGGAUGAUUCAGACGAAUUUGAUGUUGAGGUUAUGCCAAAGCCAAAGCCCCGAGGUGCAGCUCAAGCUGUUAAACCCGCUCCUGUUGCCGAUGUGCUAAGCGAUGCGGACUUCAUGGACAUUGAUUCAAUGCCGGAAGAAAAGCCCAAACCAAAGAUGGCGCCUCCUAAAGAAGAACCUGCAGUUGUCGAAGAUGAUUCGGAUAUUGAGAUGAUUCCCAAGCCCGCUACCCAGCGGAGAGCUCGAGCCAAACAAGAACCUAAGAAGUAUCAUGGUUUUAGCACGUCUGAGAGUGAGGGGAAUGACGAUUUUGAUGUGAGCACCAUGGUUAAGGGUAUUGGUAAAACAAAAGCAGACCCGGCUUCCGAGGCCAGGACACUGUUCUCUGAGCCCUCUCGUCCGGCCGCAGUUGGAGGCGCAAAACCCGCGGCCAAAUCGACCAAGGAUGCCUUGGAGUUUGACCCAGACGAAACCGACUAUUCGAAGCUUAUCCCUCAGAAUUCACCGAGGCGAUCUCUACUCGUGAAGCCGAAGGAAACCAAAGUCUUCUCAGACUUGGAGGAUGACAUGGAUGAAGAUCCCAAGCCUGCCGCUAAACCGAUAAGUAAAGCUAAAGCAGCCACUUCCAAGCCCGCUGCAAAGACUGCUACGGCCGCCGCGAGAGGGCGUCCAAAGAAGACGACCACUGCAGCACCUGCCGCGGUCAAAAAGACAGUGCAGUUUUCACCUGCAGCUAAAGCGUACGCUUCCAAAAAAGCCAAGACUAAGAAGCUUGCUGACGAUUUGUCUGACGAUGACAUCGACGCUAUGGCAAACGAUAUACUCGACUCUGAGCCGGAGGAAGACGUGAAACCCGCAUCCAGUAGGGCGCGGCCUGCGCGUCGUGCUGCUACAACAGUCAAAAAGCCAGUAUACGCCAUUGAAGAUGACGAUAGUAGCGAAGCAGACGGGGAUGGAGCAGUUUCGAGCGAUGACUUUUCGGACUAA